AAAAAAAACGACUCAUAUUGAUGCAUAUCUUUAUAUAUUUUAUGUCGUUCGUUAUAUACAACCACCUGAUUUUCUCAUGAUUACACAUUGAAUGACUGUCUUUGUUUUUAUCAAAGGAAAUUUACGCAAUAAAACCAAAACCAAAAAAAAAAAUUUUUCAUAUUCGUAUGAAUAUUUUUCUUUUAGAUAUUUUUUAAUUAUAUACUCAUGAGGACAAUCAUUGAUGCAAAUAUAUCUCCGAUUUGUUCAUCAUCUCAAACAGAAUUCAUGUCAACAACAACAACAACAAAACAUCAUACACCUUAUCAUAGUCGAUUAAAUAGUAAUAGUAGUGAACAAGAAAAUACUUCGAAUGAUUAUAUUUUUAUAUCUUCUUCUCCAUCUUCAACAUCAUUAUUCAUUCCAUCUAAUACAAGGCAAUUUUUAUAAUAUAUAUUAUUUAAUUUUGAAAAAAAAUAUAUCUGUUUUUUUAUGUAUACAGUUCCGGUGAAGUAUCCGAUGAAAAUAAUUUAUUUGAACAAGUCGAUGAAAUUGAUUAUUUAACUGAAUAUAUAUGUCCAAGUGAUAGUGAUGAUGACUCAUCAUAUUUUCGUAAUUAUGAUGAUGAUGAUAAAAAUAAUAAUGAUUUAUAUGUAAAAACUCAUUUAAAUAAACAACAAUUGAAUUAUAUUGAUCAUGUACAAGAGAAAAGUUAUCAACGAUCAAAACGUUCAAAUAAAAAAAUAAAUGCACAACGUCAGAUUAAGACAAAACAUGCCAAAUCAAUCAAAAUUAAAUCACAUAAUAAACAUUUGUAUAUACAUCAUCGUUUAGCUAAAAAAGUUCGACUUGAUGAACCAAGUUAUAAUUAUAUGCCAUCAUCUCAACCAGUUCCAUCAUAUACUUUAACUGAACUUCGAUCAAUUGUUAAUCAAUAUCGUCAUCCAUACAAUUCUUCAUAUAUAUAUUAUUCAACGCCAACAAGAAAAGCUCGACAUACAAAAAUUACUAAUGAUAUGUAUAUUGAUGAAUCUCAAACAAAUUUAGCUGCAUUAGAAUUUCGAGAAUAUGCAUUACAUGAAUAUAACAUCCCAGAUGAACCUUCAUAUGAUGAUGCUAUGGUUAAUUUUCUUCUUGAAAUGCAAAAUCGUGAUCUUUCACCAGAAGAUUAUGAAAUGUUAUUACGUCUUGAUGAACGUGUACAACGAAAAACAGUUAACAAAAAUAUAUUAGAUACAUUACCAACAAUAAAAGUUACUGAAACGCAUUUAGAUGAUCAAUGUACAAUAUGUAUGGAAAAAUAUAAUCUUGAUCAAGAACUUAAAUUAUUACCAUGUACACAUAUAUUUCAUUUAAAUUGUAUUGAAACCUAUUUACAAGAAUUUUCUAUACAAUGUCCAUUAGAUAAUUUACCAUUAGUGUGA